AUGGUGAAACAGACAAAGGCACAGAGUCUGAUUUUAGAUAAGUAUUUUAAACCAUGCGAUUCUACAAAAACACUAAUUCUAGAUGAGCUCACUGAUGAUUAUUUUGAGUAUGAACAAGGGGAACGAGAAAUAAUUGUGAAGGGCAGAUUGAAAAGUUCUAUUGAAUUCUGGAAAUCCUUCUGUAGAAAUCAAUUUGUGCUGGAUGUAAUCCAGUAUGGAUAUAAGAUCCCAUUUUUCUCAUCUCCUCCCAAAAUGUAUCUACCAAAUAAUAAAUCGGCUCUGAGUAACGCUGAUUUUGUUAAGGAAGCAAUAACACAGCUAGUUAGGAAGGGGCUGGUUGAACGGUGUGAAGAUGUACCCUUGGUAGUAAAUCCCCUUACAGUUUCAACACAAUCGAACGGUAAGAAGAGGUUAAUUUUGGACCUAAGGUGUGUUAACGCACAUUUAUGGAAGGAGAAAGUUAAAUUUGAUGAUAUAAGAACUGCAUUGAUUUAUCUUAAUCAGGGCUCAUGGAUGUACAAGUUUGAUAUCCAUUCUGCAUAUCACCACAUAGAUAUUUUUGCAGAUCAUACUAAGUAUUUGGGUUUCUCUUGGGUGUUUGAUGGGAAGGUAGAGUAUUUUAAAUUCUUGGUCCUUCCAUUUGGUAUCAGGACAGCUCCAUAUCUGUUUACUAAGAUCACACGUCCCCUUAUAGGUAAAUGGAGAGGGGAAGGGUAUCAGAUAUUGAUGUACUUGGACGAUGGUUUGGGGGUAAAUUUGGAUAAAGAAUUAUGCAGAAUACAAAGCGAGCAGGUUAAAUCAGAUUUGUUGCAGUCUGGGUUUGUGCCAAAGGCUGAAAAAUCAUUGUGGUCCCCAACACAGAGUUUGGUGUUUUUGGGGGUGGAUGUUAACGCCGAGGAAGGUAGAAUGUCUAUUCCUGAGCAGAGGAUAUUGAGAGCCCAGUCUUGCAUAGACGAUGUGAUUAGGCUAACCGAACGAGGCUGUUCUGUGCAUGUGAAAAAGUUGGCAAAAUGUAUAGGACAUGUUAUAUCUAUGUCGAUUGUGUUUGGGAGUGUAACACAGCUGAUGACGAGGAGUAUGAGCAUGCAGGUGGCCAGUACAGAGUCAUGGAAUGAACAUUUGUCAUUAUCUGAUAUGUCAUUGGAACAGGCAAGGUUUUGGAGUAAAAAUAUUAGGAUCAGAAACUCGACUGUUUUGAGAUUUGAACCUCAAUGUCAUAGAAUAGUAUUUUCGGAUGCUAGUAAUACAGGAUAUGGCGGUUAUUGUGUGGAAUCGUCUAUGGGCGUGGCUCAAGGGCUGUGGUCAAAAUCAGAUGCAAGUAAAAGUUCUACAUGGAGGGAGUUAACUGCAGUUUCUCAUGUUUUGUCUUCAUUGGUUCAUGUUCUACAAGGUCAAAGGGUUAAGUGGUUCUCCGAUAAUCAGGGUGUUAUUGGGAUUGUGGAUAAAGGAAGUAUGAAGGCAGAAUUACAAGAUAUAGCAAUGCAUAUUUAUGAGAAAUGUUGUAGAUUUAAUAUCAGGUUAGAGAUGGAGUGGGUGCCGCGAGCAGAAAAUGAGAAAGCUGAUUAUCUUAGUAGAAUUAAUGACCCUGAUGAUUGGGAAAUUAGUAACUCGGUAUAUAAGCAGUUGGAUAGACUUUGGGGGCCAUUUGAUAUUGACUGGUUCGCUUCCUAUUACAAUGCCAAGCAUAGUGUAUUUUAUUCGCUGUUCUGGAAUCCAGGUUCAGCUGGCAUGGAUGCAUUUACAGCAAAUUGGGCAGGGUUUUUGAGAAGUGCAGAGGUGCUCGCCCUCAUGAGAUGUGAUAUAAAAGUGUCCUCCACCCACAUGGAGAUCUUCAUUGAGAAAUCAAAGACGGAUAUUUAUCGGGAUGGAGCCUGUUUUGGUCUACACAGUUUCCGGGCUGGCGGUGCUAGUGCAGCGGCAAAUCAUGGGAUUCCGGACAGGUUGUUUAAAAAGCAUGGACGUUGGCGGUCUGAAACUGCCAAGGACGGAUAUGUCAAAGAUGACGAAAACCAUACACUCAUCAACUGUUACACGCCUGCAUGGAACAUUUUCCUGUACAAAAUGAUCGUUCAGGUGAGAAACAAGUGUCCUGAUUUGAAACAGGGAUCAAAGGUUGGGCUAUUCCGCUCCUGUUCUAAGUCAUUGUCGGCAAAGUGUAGGUACCUGAAAAUCUGGCUAACCCGAUCCCUCGCCAUGGUCCUAGAAAAUAGGGGCGUUUCCAAGUAUGCGUCAGUUGCCCAGUAA